AUGUCAGUAAUUUCUCAGCUCUCUUCACAAGGAAUAGCACCAAGAGUGUUCUCACACUGCUUGAAAGGAGAUAGUAACGGUGGCGGCUUAUUGGUUCUUGGUGAGAUUGUGGAGCCAAACAUAAUUUAUAGUCCACUCGUUCCGUCACAGCCUCAUUAUAAUCUAAAUCUGCUGAGCAUCUCUGUCAGUGGCCAAGUUUUGCCGAUUGAUUCUGCUAUUUUUGCUACAUCAAACAAUAGAGGUACCAUUAUUGAUUCUGGAACAACUUUGGCAUACAUUGCAGAAGAGGCUUACAAUCCCUUUAUCAAUGCGAUUAUCGCUGCCAUUCCACAAUCUGUGCGCACUGUUCUUUCCAGAGGAAAUCAGUGUUACUUAGUUACCACCAGCCUUGACAUGUUUCCUCAAGUAAGUCUGAACUUUGCUGGCGCGUCUCUCGUUUUAGGACCACAGGACUACCUUAUAAAGCAGAACUAUAUUGGAGAUGGAUCAGUUUGGUGUAUCGGCUUUCAGAAAAUCCCAGGGCAAGAUGUAACAAUUCUAGGAGGUAAUUGUAUAAUACCAGUUUGGAAACUUUAUUUUCGAUCCUACUUCAACGCUGUUUGUUUCUGUGAUAUACUGAAAAUAUACAUAAAAGAUGUUUUGCAUUUGAUUGAAGUAUGUUAA